GGGCGAGCCACCGGAAACUCCUCUGAUUGGCUGAAGAGGAACCGAUGGACAACUGGAGGCAGGAUGGUCUGAACGCACCUGUGCGCCGCUGUGACGCGGAAACGUUUCCCCUGGUGUAAAAGAUGAAGAUGAGGAGUGAAGAAAGGAAACAGCUCCUGAUGAAAAGUGACAUCUCAGUCCAGGUGAAGAGGGGCGGAGUCACAGAGACUAUCCGAGGAGCUCUGAGCAGACCGGCGGGACGCUCUCGACUCAGCGGCAGGAGGAAGCUCAGAGCUCACCUGGUGGAGGUGGGGCAGAGGAUGGUGGCGUUUGUAUCCGGGCUGCUGAUCGCGUCUCUGUACGGACUCAUGACUCUCUUCCUGCAGAAACAGCCGCUGUGGUUCUGCGCCCACACCACGUUGUGCUUGGCUGGUCUGGCAGCGUUCGGUAUGGGGCUGUCGGUCAGCGUCAGGGCCAGCAUCAUGGUCAUGCUGCCCUCCAUGUGCUCAGGUCAUGGCAGGAACUUCCUCCUCCUCAUGUUCGUGUCGCUGCUCGUGUCCGGUCCGCUCAGCAACACGUUGGAGAACACCGAGCGAGCCGCCUCCAGCCUGCUGUGUGGAGCUGAGCUGGCAGCCAAUCAAACGCAGGAACUGAUGCAGAAAGCAGCCACGCCCCUCUUCUCCGUGUUGGACCACAUCAGGGAGAUCAGCAGAAACGCGUACGCCGUCGCAGGAAGAGUCCAGAACUUCAUCUACGCUAUGACAGACAGCAUCCGCCAUGUUGCUCGCGCGCUGAGGAAUGUCCUACGCUUCCUGGCCGAUAUCGGGGACAUCUGUAACGAAAAGAUGGGAACUCCGUACAGGAAGUGCCGGUCACUGUUUGAGGAAGCUCGAAGCGACUGCUCUGAGCUGCUGGGCGACUUCAACUUCCUGUGCAACAUCGUGGACGGCUUCCUGCCGCUCUGCAACCUGGCCCGCGCUGGCGAGUUCUUCUGCAUCGUCCCUUCCUACAUCGCCGACCACCUGAGGAAACGUCUCGCGGCUCCUGUCAUUGCAGUGUUUCAGAAGAUGAAGCGUGAGUUUGAGUUCAACAUCUCCGCCUCACUGGACUUUGACCUGGAUGCCAACAGCAGCCAGUCUCUGCACCAGAUGUCUCAGAGCAUCAUGUCGGAGAUUUCAUCGGAACUUCAAGUGUUUCAGAAGCUGAGUGGACCGCUGGCGUACAUCGGCCUCGUCCUGCUCGCCUGCUCCUUCCUCAGGGCAGUGCAGUACAGACACAGGUACCUCCACAAUAUUAAAUUUGAUAACAACUACAUCACUGCUCAGUUUAAAGACCUUGACCAAAGGGUGACCUCAGUAGGCGGAGCCUCUGUGUUUCCAAUCACGCGCAGAGAGGCCAAGACCUACAUCACACCACUGUCAUUUCAGCUGACGUACAGAGAGCGGCGGGCGGUGAUGGCGGGCUUGGUUUCGGUCUUCAGGCACCUGAUCAUAGGCAGCCUGCUGGUGGCGCUGGACUUCCUGGUGUUCUGGAUUCUGGAUCAGGUGCACCACCAGGUGACGGAGGACAUCGUGGCCAGAGUUCCGGUCACGGUGGCGGUCCAGGUGAACGGGUCGGGUUACGCCUCAGACAUCUACAGAGACGUGGUGGCCUCGUUCAACAUCCUGCAGUGGGGAAACAUCACCGUGAUCAGCAAGAAGUGCCUGCUGGAGCCGUCAGAACCAAACUACAACACGUGUUUCAUCCUCGGCUUCCUGUUGGGUUUGGCUCUGCUUGUGUCUCUGACCAGCGGAUUCAUGCAGCGCUGCAGACGCCUCAUCUGUGCUUCAUAUCACCCUGAGAGAGAGCAGGAGAGGAUCCGGUUCCUCCGCCAGCAGAUCCUGGAUCAGAGGAGGGGGGUGCGCAGAGCCCUGAGGAGGUCUGUGGGCAGGAGCACAACCGACCCGGGAGGAGGAGGAGGACGUCUCCAUGCUCUGCUGAUACGGUUACCUGGAGGAGGUCGCCUGUCUCACCUGCUGGGCUUGUCGACACCUGCCUGCUGUCUGGUCUGUGGAGAGGUGCUGCGCCUGCCUGACCUGAGCGCAGUCAUCUGUGAUGCCCCGCACUGUUCAGGCGUGUACUGUCGGCCGUGCUUCCAGAGUUUGGGGAGCACGUGUGUCAUCUGCGUACGACCUCUGACCUUCCAGGAAGACAGCGAGGAGGAGCUAGACUCCACUGAUGAUGAGCGGCCCAGUUUGUCGUCGACCCGCCAGACAAACGCGCAGAUAAAGAGGAGGAUCCCCACAGCGAGGCAGCAAAGUCCGAGUGGCCGCUCAGGAAGGGAAGCAGAACGAGGAGAGCGCCCCAGCAGUGAUGACAGUGUUUACCUGGACUCUGAACUCAGUGAAGCAGACCUGAUGUACCAGGACCAACCCGGGUCAGGCGAGUCCGACAGCGACCACUCCUUUAACUCUGCUCUCUCAGAGCACGAGUCCCUCGUCUCAGUCGUCAUUCACCGACCCGACCGUGCUCAAAACCUCCAGGACCUUCCACAACCAUCGGGUUCUCUCUGGGCUCCGUCUCCCGGACCAUGAAGCUCAGCCAGAUGUUCCACUUUGUGAUUAAAGCUAAUAAAGCAAAUUUACACAUGAAAUACCUGAUAACAAAACUUUAGCUCCACUUAUCGACUUUUUCCACAGAGAGACAAAAAUACGGGCUAAAUUCUGAAGUCCGAGUCUCGUCUCAGUGAGGCGGAGAAUCCAGAUGUGCUCCAGAUAAACGGAUCAUAGAGAAAACAGACGGUAGCGGUUCGUGGACCCACAUCCUGAAGCCUCGGGUUUGUGCUUUUGAGACCGCCACAAAAAGGCGGGACACAGGAGAACGUCCGAGAUCUAAAGGGCUCAUCCCAGUAGGGCAGGUGUGUCAAACAUAAGGCCCGAGGGCCAGAAUGGGCCUGGCAAAGACUCCUGUUGGGUUUGGAAAAUGUGGAGCAGGCGAUAAAUUUUGGACUUACUUGUAUUUUUUAAAAGUUUUACAACUUUCUUGUGUUUUUGUUUUUGCUGUAAAGCCACAUUUUAAAAUUCUGUGAAUUAGAAAAACCUUUUUCUUAUAAUUUUAUAUAAUUAUCUAUUUUGUUUAUUAGUACAAGACAGUCUGAGCAAAGAUUUACCUGAGCUUGUUCUGUAAUUUUACAUGUUUAUUUCUUACAGUUUAAGGUGUCGUGAUUUCUUUAUCAUGCAAACUGAACUGAGCCACACUGUUGGAGUAUAUUUAUUUUUCUUAUAAUAAGAAAUCUGAGGGUUUAGUUUAAUUUCUUCAAACUGACAGAAUUUCACCGAUCCGGGUCAGUUAAGAUCCAAAUAUUUGGCCCACUGUGUAAAAUGAGUUCGACAUCCCUGCAGUAGGACAAACGCUGAAAACCUCCAAGGUGAGAUUGCCUGACAUCAGCUGACACCACCAAGCAGCUCCUCGCCUUGUUGAGCUCAGUCACCUUACAGAUGAAUGAUUAUCUGCUGCUUGAUCCUUCGAGCUCACCUGUCGACCCGACGGCCGUAGGUGAUGGUAAGAAUGUAGACUGACUGUCUUCUGGUUCCUCUGUUUUACCCAAAAUGGUCCACGUUAGUCUCAACGCUGCACUGAUCCUCUGAUCCGUCCACGGUAAAGCACAGAACGUGAAAGUGUUUCAGUGACAGCGGAGAAACAAAACCUGAGAAUAAAGAGCUAAAAGAGACCAAACGAACCACACAGACUUAAAACGACACAAAGGAACAACAGGAACCGACAGAAGUGAAAAGACCGUUUCUAAUGAAAAGCUUUGAUUGGUGUGAAAGUAAAAACACAUACUGCCAAAGCAUCAGAUAACAUGAUUGUUGUGUGUUUGCGUGUAGCGUGAGGCGUGCUGAGCACACGGAGUAAUAAGUCGCUCUGAAAUCUACAGACUGAAUGUUCUUUGUUUCAUUGAAAGUUUUGCUCUGCAGGAGGAAGUAACUGCCAGCCUCACCUGUCGAGGCCUGACCACACUUACUGACUGCUUCCUGCUUGCUGCCACGAUCAUUACGCGUCUUCCUUUUUUGAUUUAUGGUUUCAGACAGCAGAGACUUUUUUUCUUCAGAUCAUCUUUUACAGCAGGACUGUGCUCGCUGUGUUCU